AUGCGCACUCAAAUCCAAUCAGCACAACUUCUCAAACUUUGCACCAAACCCUCUAGACCGACAAACCCACGACAAUUCACAAGACAAUUCACAACCACCGAAAUGUCAUCCAAAGACUGGAGCGCAUCUCAAUACCUCAAGUUCGAAAAUGAACGCACCCAACCAGCCCGCGAUCUCCUCGCGCGUGUACCCCUAUCCUCACCAAACCGCAUAAUCGACCUAGGCUGCGGUCCCGCCAACUCCACCACCGUCCUAACAGCCCGCUACCCCAAUGCCAAAGUAACAGGCCUAGACUCAUCCCCAGACAUGAUCAACAAGGCCAAAACCAUUUUACCAGAAGUCGACUUCCACGUCGCUGAUUUGAACACCUGGCAAACAGAAGAAAAAGUAGACUUAUUCUUCUCAAAUGCCGUCUUCCAAUGGCUGAAAGGACCAGACCGCAUUGCUGUCAUCAAACGACUCCUCGAAUCCCAGGAAAAGGGCACUGUUUUCGCUUUCCAGGUUCCGAAUAAUCUGAGUGAGCCCUCCCAUGUGCUUAUGGGUGAAGCUGCUGCGGCGGGCCCGUGGAAGGAGAAGCUGGCUGGUGUUCAGAGGGAUGGGUUCCAGUCGCCUCAGGAAUUGUAUGAUGCUGUUAAGCCUUUUGCUUCUGUGGUUGAUAUUUUUGAGACGAGUUAUUAUCACUCGCUUGAAAGUCAUGAGGCUGUUAUUGAGUGGGUUAAGGGAACUGGGUUGAGGCCGUUUGUGGAUCCGCUGGAUGAGGAGGAGAAGAAGGGUUUCUUGAGAGAGUAUCUGAAGAGAUUGAAGGGGGUUUAUCCUGUUUCUGUUGAUGGGAGGGUUUUGUUGAAGUACCCGCGGCUGUUUAUGGUUGCUGUGAAAUGA